AAAAACUUGCUCUUAAUUUAUCGACGCCUGUUCCGCUAUGCCGUUGAUCAGAUAGCGCCACAUGAUCUGUAAACACGUGAGUUUCGAAUUCUAUCAAGAGUUCUGAAAUUUUCGCUAACCAAAAUCUGCCAAUUUCCCUUCAAAAGAAGACUGCUGAAAGACUAAAAUCUCCAGUUUGUACAACUAAAUAUUAUUUAUUACAAGAAAGAUUGAACUCCAAAAUGACUGACACUGUCCGUCGUGCAAUUGGGAUAGACCAAGUGGACCUCCGAGGAAAAAUGGUGAUGCUAGUUGAACAGCACGGUAGUGACGCAAAUUUUCUGGUCAAUACAGUACUGUCAAACGCCCUGGAGAGGGGCCACGGUAUCUGUCUGGUGCUAUUCCAUAACACCUUCGGUCAUUACCACAACGUUGGCAUGAAGCUGGGAUAUAACUUGAACGUCCUCAGGGAGAGGGGGGAGGUGACAGUGGUGGAGCCUAUGAAGACGAUAUUACAGAACAUCGAGGAGCUGGGUCACGACGCAGUGGACGCUUCCAAGCCAGAAUUAUCUGCGGACUUUCGCAGGAGGAUAGAGGACAACGUCAUUCCUGACGCUAUGAAACUGGACGAGCACUUGGUUCGUCACCUCUUCGUGGCCCUGAAGGCUAAAUACUUCGAGGUUUCUAAAGUUCGAGAGUCUGUUACUGUCAUUAUUGAUGAUCUCAGUCAUCUCUUCGACAUGAAUUUGAGCCUCACCGAUGUCUGGACGUAUGUCAAGUACUUGAGGUCUUUGAUGCAGUUCGAGCCGAAAAUGUCAGUCUGCAUAAUGACUCACAUGUACAGAACCAACACAGACUCUUGUCAGCCCGAUAAUAUUGUCAUUGGGCUCAGACGUAUGGCCCAUUUGACCAUUAUGGUGGAGCCUCUCAGCACUGGUCAUGCGAAUGACAUCUCUGGGAAGCUCACUGUCAUCUGGAGGAUCGACUCCAUCAGGAAAAAACACCUCUGGCCAGAGAGGAUGACUUACCUUUAUAAACUUAUGGAUCGACAAAUAAAAGUAUUCACUCCAGGCGCCAACGAGGCAUUAUCUUAAUGGUUAAGAUGUGACGGGUAUUUUUUCGUUUAUUUGUCUUUGUUAAGUGUCAUUAAAUGGUAAUUUUUUAUAAA